AUGGACAAAGAGCCAACUCAACCCAGUGAAAUAGAUUUAUUUUUUAAUUUUGUUGCUGCAAAGGUUCAAAAAUACCCCCCUCCAAUACAACAGACAAUUCAACAUGCCGUUUUUGACCUUAUUAUUGAAGCUGAUAGAGGAUUUCUUAAUCCGACUUCAAUUCAAUCUUAUAAUGAUUCUCAACCUACUUCCUACAUACAGUCACAAGCUACCAAUCAUAUCAAUUCACAACCUACUUCUUCGAUGUAUUCCCAACCUACUUCACAUAAUCUAUAUUCUCAAUCUUCUGAAACUUAUUAUUCACAACCUCUGCAAGUAAUAACCGUUCCUGCAACUUCUGAACCAUCAUUGUCCAACCCAUCAUCGCUACAAUCACCUGUUUCGUCACUCACAUCAGAAAAUUAUGAAGAUUUUGUGUAACGUUUUUGAGUUCUAUUUUUUGUUUGUUAACUUAGUG